GUAGGUCAGGAAGAAUUUCGUUCAGCAAAAUUUCUUGAGCCUAUUGAUCGGUGUUCAAGUUCAGUAAUUGACGAUGGCGUUGCUAUCGAGCGGAAUGAAAGUCCUAACGUUGGACAACAUGAAUCCUUGCAUCAAGACGAUGGAGUAUGCGGUUCGUGGACCUUUGGUGAUCCGUGCUGUGGAGAUUGAAAAAGAACUCCAAGCAGGGAAAGAGAAACCGUUCAAGGACGUCAUCAGGGCCAAUAUUGGCGAUGCGCACGCGAUGGGGCAGAAACCGAUCACGUUUCUCAGGCAGGUAGUUUCGGCAUGCGUGAAUCCUGAGAUCUUAGAGGAUCCGAAAACUCCGGCCGACGUGAAAGACCGCGUUAGCCGCAUUCUGAAGGCCUGCAAAGGAGGUAGCGCUGGUUCCUAUUCCGACUCUCCUGGGAUUGAAGUCAUUCGUCGAGAUGUUGCGGAAUAUAUAAAAAACCGGGAUGGUGGAAUUGAGUCCAAUUGGGAGAAUGUUAUUCUGUGUGGUGGGGCCUCUGACGGGAUCCGAGGAAUCAUGAAGCUGUUGAACGUAGUCGGAGCAGAUGGGAAGAAGCCUGGGAUCAUGAUCCCGAUCCCGCAGUAUCCUUUGUACACGGCUUCUAUCGCCGAAUUCGACAUGGCGCCGAUAAACUAUUACAUGGAUGAAAGCAAGAACUGGGGUCUGGACAUCACGGAAUUGAAACGAUCCGUGACUGAAGCCCGUGCUACUUCGAAUCCGCGAGCAAUCGUGAUCAUCAACCCCGGAAAUCCCACGGGCCAAGUCCUCACUCGCGAAAACAUCGAAGGCAUCAUCAAGUUUGCCCAUGAGGAGAAACUGUUUGUCUUUGCUGACGAAGUGUACCAGGACAACGUCUACGACAAGGACAGCAAGUUUCAUUCGUUCAAGAAGGUCUUGAUGGAGAUGGGUGAGCCGUACUCGAGUAUGGAAAUGGCUUCGUUCAUGUCCACGUCAAAGGGUUUCAUGGGAGAGUGUGGAUUUCGUGGAGGCUAUGCCGAGGUGAUCAACUUGGACCCGCAGGUCAAGGCGAUGUUUUUGAAAAGCAUCUCUGCCAAGCUUUGUCCGACUGUGCUUGGCCAGAUAACGAUGGAUGUUGUGGUGAAUCCGCCGAAGUCCGGAGAACCAAGCUACGAGAAGUUCAUAGCUGAAAAGACGGCAGUUUUGGAUUCUUUGGCCAAACGUGCCAAGAUGGUUGCAGAUACAUUCAACUCAAUCCCUGGAAUCCGUUGUAACCCUGUGCAAGGCGCAAUGUAUUGUUUCCCACAGAUCACGAUACCUGCAAAAGCAGUUGAUGCUGCUGAGAAAGCUGGGCAAAAGCCGGACUUUUUCUAUUGCUGGAAUCUGUUGGAGAAGACGGGCAUUUGUAUUAUUCCCGGCAGCGGAUUCGGUCAAGUCCCCGGAACGUUUCACUUCAGAACCACGAUUUUGCCGCAACCGGAUUUGCUGGCAUCAAUGCUGGAGCGGCUGAAAGCCUUUCAUAUCGAGUUCACCAAGGAGUACAGCUAAAGGAAUUUUCGGACUUGUGAAAUUCAUUGUCACCAUCAGGAAACAAAAGACGUCAGUUGCGAUAGGAGUGAAAUAUUCAUGUACCGGUUUGAAAAGACUACUAGCGUCUUGAGAAUCAUUUUGAUGAAAUCUGCUACGAACACGCUAAAGCUUGGAUUGUUUUCUUCUAGUCUUGGACCUUGUGAAUCUACGAGUUUGAAAGUGAUUUUUUUUGUGUGUGAUCCACCUUCUGUUUUUUCCAUUUUUGUUUGCAUUUUCAUGUUCACACCCUCUCGCCUAGGUGUUCGAUUUGAUUUUUCGGUUGUUUUUGUUCCAACGCAUCAACAGCAUUCUAUCAACGAAGUGCAAUGUGAGAGACCCGCGAAACUUGAGUGAGGAAAUGACGAUGUGAAGAAACGUUUUUACCAAUGUAUCCCUGAAACUUAUAGGCAUCAGCGUUCGUUGAUGAAAAUCCAAAGUGAUCUGAUUUCUCGAGUUCUUCCGGAAGACGCAUUUUGUUUCAAAAGUCGCAGUGCUCAUGGAUGUCUAUUUACAGGAUUAGGAAAUGGAUAUGUGAGAAUGUAAUCGAAAAAUAUAAACUAUCUGGGUUGCAAGCAAA